AUCAAAGCUGGCAACAUGACUUCAAGUAACACUGCUCGCAAGGAAUCCACACUUAUUCCUUUGCGAGCUGCUGUUGCAAUUCUUGGAUUUCUGGGGAUAGCUUUCCAGUAUGUAUUGAAAGUCACACUGUCUGUUGCUAUUGGUGGCAUGGUGAAACAGACUGCCCAGGACGAUGCUACUGAUAACACAUGUGGUCCUGCAGGUGCAAACACCACAUCUGGUGUAUCUCAGCCAGGUGACUUUGAGUGGGAUGAAGAUAUGCAAGGAUACAUAUUAUCAUCAUACUACUAUGGAUAUGCACCAGUUAACAUCAUUGCUGGUUACACUGCCUCACGAUACAGUGCUCGUUGGGUCUACUGCACAGGACUUUUGAUGGCAGGCCUCUUCUCAGUGCUGGGCCCUUUGGCAGCUGAGGGAGGACCAGUUGUUUUCAUGCUGACACGUAUUAUUGUUGGAAUUUUUUCUGGCAUUAUUACACCAUCCAUGCACGUAAUUUUUGGUAGAUGGUUUCCCGAAAAUGAACGUCAGAGACUGAGUGGAUUUAUUUUUUCAGCAAACUAUUUGGGUACUGUUCUUUCAAUGGCCUUGUCUGGAACAAUGGUGAAGUCUUUGGGAUGGCCUUCAGUAUUCUACAUUUUUGGUGGCAUUACAAUUUCCCUGACUAUUCCUUGGCUCUACUUUGUGUACAGUGAACCUGAGAGUCAUCCAAGAAUCUCACAGAAAGAACUUGACUAUAUACUAGAGAACACUGGUCACAGUAAAAAGACGAAUGAUGAAAAAAAGAAGCUGCCUGAUGAUGAGGAGUCAAAAAUUGGAAAUCCGUGGCCUAUGAUUUUGUCAAAUCCUCCAAUGUGGGCGCAUUGUUUUGUAAUGUUUGGGAUUGGAUGGGUGAACUACACAUUAUUAUCUGAAUUACCAACUUACAUGGAGAAAAUACUCCACUAUGAUCUGGAUCAAGCUGGUCUCGUGUCAGCAUUGCCCUACCUGUUCGGGUGGAUCAGCUGCAGUAUAUAUGGUUAUCUGACACGCAAAUGUACGCAGAAAGGUGUGCGCAUUAUUACAACAAUGAGGGUGUGGGAUGCAGUAGCCUGUAUUGGAACUCCACUGUUCCUCCUUGGUGUAACCCUUGCUAAUUGCAAUGUAACAGCAAUAAUAGCCCUAUUUGUCAUGACUAUGGUGGCUCGCUGUGCUAUAUAUGGUGGUUCCUAUAUGAAUCACCUUUAUCUAUUCCCGGAAUCAUAUGGAAGUGCAGCUGGUCUUGCACUAACGAGCACCAACAUUCCUGGAAUUAUCACUCCCAUUGUUACAAGUGCAUUUGUAUCUGGCAGGCAAACAAUACAGCAGUGGAAGUAUGUAUUUUAUACAUCAAUGGCAGUGUGUGCAAUUCCUUAUGUCACCUUCCUCAUAUUUGGAACUGCUGAUGAGCAGGAAUCAAAGUGGCUAGAACGCAAGGAGCAAAAGAGGAAACCGGCUCACAUAACAGAUCUACCUGUGACAAAUUCUGUGUAAAAAGAAAAAGCUCUAACUUCAGUCUUAUACAGUCAGGCUGAAGUAUCAUUGUUAUCAGUACACUGAAAAGAUCUCUGAUAUCAGAGAAAUAUUCAUCCUUGCCAGUUUUUUUAUGACUUGAAUAGUGAAUUAUUUCUCAGAGCUAACAUUGCCUUUGUUCACAUGAAGGGUCAUAAAAUGAUUAGGAUGGAUCUAAAAAUCAUAUACACUAUGUGUUUAGAAGAUUUAAGUUUCAGAGACCAUUGCCGGUUGAUGCCUGUUUCUAAACUGUGUUGUUUGUACAUGCUACAAGGAACAGAAAUGACAUUGAGUCUUUUGUGUUUCAGCACAACCAGAAGUGCAUUGUAUAGGUCUCAAUAAUAUUAACCAAAGAGUAAAAAGAUCUGUAUGCCUGUUAUUAUUAGUUUUGGUUACAUUGCUAAAAAUGUGUUCUUUACUACUAUUCAACAAGAACAGAUGGGAAAAAGUGAAUAUUCACAUUGUGCCAGUUAAUACAAACAUGCAACAAAGUGAAACUGACAGCAAUUUUGUACUUGCAAUGUUAGUAAUUAGGUACCUGCAAUGAUAUUUUGCAUACUGUGGUAAUAAGCAACUUCCUUGAAUAUAAUUUAAAUUAUCACUGGUUAACAAUAAUAAAGUUCCUCCUUUAGAACUCUGGCGUGACAGUACAGUUCUCUAAGCAUGCAAAAUAAGACUUCAAACAAUCUGUUAACAGACUCACGUUGUUAUAUUUACUCAAGGAAAACUGUUUGUAAACAUAAAGAAAUGUAAAUGUGAUACAACUACAUAGAAUGGGAUAGAAUGACUGUCCAGUUCUUACCUUCAGCAGCUGAAAUUGUAUGUACCGCUAAUGGCACAUGUAAGAGUAGAAGAACUAUCAAACCUUUUGGAGCUGUUAGUUCCUUCCCCAGAAAAGAAAGAGGGUAAGUCAGAAAAUGUUAUAAAAGAUGAUCAGUCACUAGGGCACCAGAGCCAGUUACAUAUUCUGUCUCUUUGUAAUUCUAUAGUUUUCUCAUUUAAAAAUGAGAUUUCAAGUACAAAAAGGCGUAUGAAUAAUACCAUAAUUAUCAGUGUAUGAAAACUUGAUCUGAAAGUUGCAAAUAUAAACAAUAAAUAUUCUAAAUGAAGCAUUUAGAGUACAAGCUUCAGUCCCAGAGAAAUGGGUGGUAACAGAGCACACAAAAUAGAAAUAAUGCUAUAGACACGAGACUAAAAUUUUAAUUAAUACAAAAUAGCAACAAGAAGUUAUUAAUUGUCAAAAGAUGAAAAAUAAAUAACUGCAGAUAUCUAUAUUGUCUCUGCCUCUCCAAUUGCUUUGGAGUGUGUUAGUCUACUGAAACUUUGUUUUUCUUUGUUUCUCUGUUUUCCUUUGUUGUCACUACAUGCACACAAACUAUUUUGCCUCUGGUUAGACCAGAAUUUUGUCUGCCUGUUAAAAUGAAUUGUGUUGUUACCCCUGCUAAUUUCUGAAGUAAAGAACUAUAUCUGAGAUUAAUGUGUCAAAUGUAUGUUAUUUAUUUAAAAU